GCCACUGCGAUGCUCUAUCCCAUGUACACAGUGCAGGCAGAGUUGCUCCUGCAGAUGAUGACGAUUGAGGCCCACGAGGUGCUCAAGGCACGGGGCGAUGCCGUCAUCUUCGACGAGAGCAUGGGAAGCGCUGCUUUCGUUUCACACCAGUGGGUUGCCAGAAACCACCCUGACCCCGACUUCGAGCAGAUGCGUGUGUUCAAGGAGGCCAUGAGCCAUCUCCUCUACAGAAGGGGUUCCAUCUCCGUAGAUUUUGUAACGGAAUCUUUUGUGCCCAGCGCCAAAGGCAUUUUGCACGAAGAGUUCCAGGCAAGACCGCUGUUCAUUUGGUACGACUAUUUUUCUGUGCCGCAGACUGCAGUCCAGGGCAGGCAAAGGGCGGAAGGCAUCAACACCAUUCCGGCCUAUGUGGCAAAGUGCCGCUUUUUCUUCGCUCUUUGCCCGACCAUUGAGUGCCCUACGCAGGGCAAGGUUCUGACCGCAGCAAGCUGGAGCGCACGAGGGUGGUGCAGGUUGGAGCGUGCUGCGCGAGAACUCUCCGCACACGAUUCCUGGGUCCUUGUGAGAAGUUCGACUUCGUUUCAUGUGGUCGGCACGGCCGUGUCGUUUGUGUCUGGAUCGGUCGGCGAAGGCGAGUUCACUGUUGAGGAAGAUCGCCAGAAGCUAGCGCCUGUCAUGAAAAGCGUUGUGGAUAAGAAGUUGCUGCUGGCCCUUGAGGCUGGAGACUUGCCCGCUUACAGGCGGCACUUGAGCCUGCAGACGGUGCACUUGCGUGGCUUGGAGAUCGAGCCAGCAUUAAGCUUUCUUCCAUCUGACGAAGCCAAUCAGAAGAGCGGCGAUUCAGUGACAAUGUUCCUUCACCAGUAUCGCCUGACAAAGGUCAAGGGAAAGGACGCUGCUGGAUUCUGCCCAUUGCACUAUGCGGCGAUGUCUGGCAACAGUCAAGUGGUCGGGGGUCUGCUCGCCCGACGUGCCGAUCCCAACCGGAGGACCACAAAAAGUGAGCCAAAGCUUGGCUUUCCACUCUGGAUGUCGGCGCUGGACUUAGCCAUCUUCUACAAGCACAACGAUGCGGCCCGGCUGCUGAUUGCCGCUCGAGCCCGCCUGGAGGGGGGAAUCAAUACCAGCAUGCAUCUUGCAGCAAUCAGCAACAACGCAGAAGGCCUCUGCUUGCUUCGUGCUGCUGGCGGCAACCCUUGGACGCGAAACCUGUUCGGACAGUUAGCCUUUCAAGUCGCGGCUCUUUAUGGCAGCAUGGCAGCUAUGGAGGAAUUACUGGUGCAGGCUCAGUACGGACCGCAACAGUUUGGAGUGGCGCUCCACGGUGCUAUGGCUAAUUGUGGUGGCUCCGCCGAGCUGGUCGAGCUUUUGAUCAGCCUCCGGGCCGAUGUGGACUUCCAGUUUGACUGCCGUCGUGACCUGACUCGCAUUGGAAGGCUUUUUGGCGUAGCAGAAACAUUGAAGCACCGGGUUGGCCGAAGAUCGGCUCUCUCCUUGCUGGCGUAUCACAAUCAUGGCCAAACACCGCUAAUGGCAGCUAUGCAGGGUGCGCAGUACGAGGCCGCAGCGGCCCUGAUUGCAGCUGGAGCCAGGCUGGAUAUCCGCAAUUCGCAGAACUGGACGGCGGAGGACUUUUGCAGAGGACAGGAAAUUCCAGCGUUUCUGCAAAAGGGCCUGGAAGGAGAUCCUGAGGAAUGCCGGAGGGUAGCCUCGCUGGCGCUGCCAGACGGUUAUUUGGAGGUGCCGUUUUAG